AUGAAUGGACCUCCGAAAACAUCAUACAUAAAAUAUUCUAAACGUGCUUUUUUCACUUAUUCAUCGAAAGAGGUUAGCACUUUUCAACAUGGUUAUCUUGGUAUUGGUCCAUCUUACAUAACCGGAAAUUUUCAUCUUUGUUAUCCUACAACUGAACCUUUACAUUUAAAGAGAAUUGAAAUUUCUUUUGUUGGCCAAGAAUCUGCUUUGAUUGAAAGUACAUAUUCAAUUCGAUCUCAUAGAAAAUUUAGUCGAGGCUCAUUCGAAGUCGACGGCACCCUUUAUGCUAGUAUAAGUUACACUCUAAAAGCAACCAUAAUAUCCAAUAAGAAUGUUGAAAAAAUUGUUUCAGUAAAAUGUCAUAUUAAUCGAUGGUGUUUGCCGAUGGAAGCUUUGGAACGGCCAAUUGUGAUGAAGAAUCCUGACCAUGAUAAAACAAAAGAAUAUAAAGUUGGUGAUAUUAUAAUAAAUUGCGAGUGGUGUAUGGGAGAUAAAAUUUCAAUGUUUAUAAACUUAACUUCCUCAAAGCAAAACAUCAAAGAAGUAAAUAUUAAAGAAGUAAAUAUUAAAGAAGUAAAUAUUAAAGAAAUAAGACUUAAUCUACUCGAAUUACAAUAUGUUAUAAAGAAUAAUGAAAUUGUAACUGGUCAUAAGCUCGAAACUACUAAUGUUAUAAUUGAUAAGAAGAAGCUUUCUAAUUUGCCGCAUCCUUCAGGAAACAAAUACUCUUUUGAAGUUGGAAUGCAAAUACCCUCAAAUAAUGAUACUAAAUUUACACCUGCAAACAUUGGUACAAUAAGAAUGCUCCAACAUAUCAAGGUAGUGCAUCGUUUGAAAGCACAUAUUAAAUUUGAUAGUGAACAUUUAGUUUUUCAAGGUGAUAUUGGAAUCAUAAAUAGUUUAACCUCAAAGCAAAUUAAAGAAGGUAUGGCUAAGGGUUAUAUUUAUUAUUGA